GCGCGGAGAGUAACGUAUCCCUAAGUGAUUCACGGCAAAUACAAUAAUGUCCCGGUUGACCUGCAGCAGGAUGUCAGUCUGACUUGUUGAUACAGCCAGCACACGGUGACGAACAGCUAGCUAGUAGAGUUAUAGCGAAGUUCACCGGAACAAUAUGAAUGUGGAUUCAUUAAUGAAUAAGUGUUUGAUGUUAUGAAGCAGGUGGUGUGACAGUGAUGAUAUUGUGAUGAAGAAGGAAUCUGCAUUGUCGACCUUGCACCUCGGGAGGAGAUAACUAAUCGAACGAGACGGAAUAAACUCAAGUGCCUGGAAGGGAGAGCACGACUCCAGUUUCGAGAUCAGAAGGCCCAGACUUAAUGAUGGCAAGCUCUCCACCUACUAGUCCUUCAGCACCUUCAGCACACUCACUGUACAGCACGGAAGAGAAGAAUCUUAUCCGUUUAGGCAGCAUUCACAAGAAAGUUGCAACUAAAGUUCUACACUUUGUGUUUGAAAAGGGAUCUUCUGCCAGACUGCAUAAUGUAUCUCUGAUGGAAUUCUAUAGAAGCCAAGGUAUUGACGAUACAAAAUUUUUGAAAAAGCUAUAUGAGGCCCAGAAGAUAACUAUUAUUUCUGAUGAUCAAGGACAUUCAUUCGACAUCACACUGCUGUAUUACUGUCUCAGGAAUGGAAGUCAUGGCCUGGCAGAGACAGAACAUGAAAACUGGAGAAAUAAGGACCAGGCAAGUAUUGAAUCACUUCUCACAAUUAUCAAGAAUAAGAGGAACAAACUCGCACACGAGCAGCCUAGUUACACCAAUGAACAAUUGAUCCGUGAGGCAACAGAGCUCAAAGAACAGUUGAUCAAGAUUCUCAAGUUUAGUGGGCAGCUUUAUAAUGUUCCUGAAGCAGUUGUCAACAAGGAAAUUUCUUUUGUUGAAUCGAGCAUCAAACGUUACCUCUAUGAAGAUUUUGAGCCCAGGAGCUUUGAGGAAUACAAAAAUCAACUAUUUUUCGAAGCCCAGAUUGACUACGUCAACGACGAAGGAGUUAAAGAUGUUUUAGAACAGUAUGACAAGAUCUUUGAAGAUCGAGUGAGCACAGUCAACCAUCUUGCUAAAAUCAGUCUCCCACUGGAUGAUAUCUAUACUGAACUGAAGCUGAAAGGUCAACUGAAAACUGGGCAAGAGGCGCCAACUACUUACAAUGAUAUAUUGUCUGAUACACAUCAAAAAGAAAAUUCAGUCAUUGUGAUCAGUGGUCCUGCAGGUACAGGUAAAACCACACUGACCAAAAAGGUGAUAAGGGACUGGAGAACAAAGCAGAGCACCAUGCAACAUCUUACGAGUCAUGCUCAUCUCUUAAAAGCCCAAAUGAGGAACACUGCUCUGAGGUCCUUUGAUGAUCUGUUACAUCAUCUCAUGCCUACAGUGUCAAAGGACUUCAAGUCUGGCGAUUUGAAGAAGGUUCUGCUUCGGCAGAAAAUCUUGGUUAUCUUAGAUGGCUUGGAUGAACUUAAUAACUCAUCGGCAAAACUCUUUGAUGAACUGCUGUAUCUUAAAGAGAGUUUUGGCUUUACGCUCAUGAUCACAACUAGACCUGAGAAAAUGAGAUAUAUAGAGAAAAAACUGUUGGGCCAUGACAUCAAAAUGAAGCAUCUGCUUCUGAUAGGCAUCCCCUCACAAAAGAAGUAUGAGUUUGUCAAGAAAUACCACAGCGAAAUUUCAAAACUCGUGCCAGACGGCCGGAAUAUCGAAGAACUUUUGAACUAUCUGAAAAAGACAGAGCAUCGAUUAGAGGACUUAUGGAGGGUACCAUACAACCUAGCUUUACUCACAAUCCUUUGGGUAUAUGGCCAUGUGGAUGUGACGAACAUCAACACUGCUCCAAAACUGUACACUGAGAUACUAAAACUUCAGAAAUUAAAGCUAAAAGAACGUCUCAGGUCUAACGAAACCACACAGUCACUUGAAGAAGAAGAUCUCGACAAACGAAUAGAAAAUUUCUUAUACAGUUUGGGAAAAGAAGCCAUAAUCGGCUUGAAAAAUGACCACAUCAAUCUGCCACCAGAAUCUUAUGAGAGACUCGAGAAAGUAUCUAGUAUCAACGCAGUUCCCAGUCAAGAAAUGAUAGGAGCUUUUCUCCAGCGCGUACCAGGCUCAGAGGUUAUCUACAGUUUUCCACACAAGGGUCUACAGGACUAUCUCUCAGCUUUGUAUAUUUGGAUGGAACUGAUGGGGAAAGAUCACAACUACGAUAUUGAGGACAUUCAAAAAUGCAUUAACGAGCUCUUACUCCAGAAGAAGGUCCUUCCAGAUGCAAGCAAAGACAUCUGCGACUUUACCAAGGAGAGGCUGGAAAGUUCAAUGAGCAAAGAUCAAAUUGGAUUCACAGCCAAAACUCUUGGGUACAUAAUCCCAAAAUACAGGGCGUCAUCAAUCAUCCACAGAAUGUUUGCAGAACUACAUGGCUCAUCCAAUUAUGACCUUCCCAAAUUUCACAAUGUUUUCAUCUGUCUGAUAGGGAUGUUUUCCUUGGAGAAACAGGAGAUCAAAGAAAGAAACAAGUUAGAGGCGCUGAACUUCCUUCAGGAGUCUGGAGUGAGAGACAAGGAGUCUUGGAUCUCCAUCCUAAAUUCUGUAGAAUGUGACAACUAUGUCGCCUCCUUCAUUUGUAAGCAACCCAAGAUUCUAGGGAAUGCGAUUAAGAUAACCGAUUCCUCACUCUACGCUUACAUGUCUCUCAUGAAAGCUCUCAAAAGACCACGGAAGGAUAUCGGCAACGUGAAAGUGGACAUCGAGGUUAAAGGAGAUCUAAAUGGGUCCCACAGCUUGCUAAAACUCAUCCAUUCCUGUCAUUUCAAGCUGAGGAAAAUAUUGAUAACUGAAAAUAAUAUUGAUGAUUAUACAACAAUGCUAAGGAACCUGGAGAUGGACCACUCUAAUAAGUCAGAGGUGGAUGUUGAUGUGUGUAUUGAUGGAGACCUCCUAAGAACAACCGAAGUUGUGAAGCAGAUUAAGGAAAAAAACUUCGUUAUCAGAACUUUGAAGGUGAGAGAUUUUGAAAUUGAUAACUCAAAUGCCAGUAAGUACAUUGCUGCAUUUAGAUCUUUCCCAAGCCUUCAGCAAGAUGCUGUACAAACAACUUUAAACCUUAACAUAGAUGGGGAUUUUGCUGAAAGCGGGGAGUUACUACAACUAAUCACUCACCUCCACAUGAGAAUAGGGAGACUUCUGAUUAAUGAAAGCAAUCUCAGUAAAUAUGGCGCAGUGCUGAAUACAUUCAAGGACCCUCCAAAAUGUGUUAAUAACUGCGAAGUAGAACUGUUAUGUCCCAAUACAGAUAUAUUUGAGCUAGGAAACACCCUAAACGAUAUCAAAAAGAACAAAUGCUACAUAAGAAAGCUGCAAGUUAAGGACCUCAAAAUUGAUGAUGACAAUUUGGCUGAGUGCAUAUUGCUUCUGAGAAACUUGUCGCCUGUUUGCAAAACUCUACUUGAUAGCAACGUGGGUGUGAAUCUCUGUAUGAAAACGGACAUGGAAAACUUACAUGGCUUGAUGACAUUAGUCAACUAUUUUCAUUUCAAGGUAAGAAGUAUAAUAAUAACAAACCAAAACUUUUUGAAAUACGUCAGUUUCGUACAGGACCUCAUGAUCUCAGAGGAAGAUGCCCAGUAUGUGAAAGUUGACUUUGAGGACAAAGUCAACCUUUUGGAAUAUCGAGAUCUACUAAAGCAGAUAAAGAACAAAGGAUUCGCAGUUGGGAAAAUCAAACUGGUUGAUGAUGUCACCAUCUGUGACAAUAACGCUCAGGAAUAUUCUGACGUUAUUACAUCUCUACCUGAAUUUGAAGAAGUUGCCUCUGAAGGGAAGAUCUAUCUAAGUAUGAAGAGAGAUUUAAUCGAAACGAAAGACCUGUUGAAGAUGGUCAGCAAAAAACACUUUUUGACAGGGCACUUGGUGUUAAAGGAUGGGGCCAUUUCCAUAACUGAAGAUAAGGUCCAGGAAUACUUGGAAAUAUUUUCCUAUUUGUCAAAAAUAGAUGAGGUGUCUUCCACAGCUUCUCUGGGGAGAAUUGACGUCGACGUAAAGAGUAACGUGGCUGGGUGUAAGGCUCUGCUGAAACUGAUCAGAGAUAUGAACUUUCACAUAAGAACACUGAGAAUGAAUGAAGAAAACAUUUCUAUAACAAACAGUAACUUAGAAUCAUACGCAGAAUUUUUUUCAGUGUUGCCUAAGCUUGAGGAAGGGGCUUUUGAGGGGAAAAUAAACAUUAAAGUCAACAAAAGUGUGAAAGAUGUUAAAGGAUUCCUUGAAAUGAUCAGUGACAGAGGAAUGGUCGUUGGAAAUUUGGAGACAAACGACCGCACCAUUACUAUAACUGACGACAAUGAAGGGGAGUCCAUGGAAUUGCUUACGUCCCUACCAAAGCUCGAGAGAGGCGCAUUCCGCGCCAAUGUUGACAUAAACCUUAGUAAAAGCCUGGAUGCCAUUCAGGGCUUGCUAAAACUGAUUCACGAGAAGCAACCGACGAUCACCAAAUUAGAAUACAUCAGAAAGGACAUCAGCAUUAAUGACGACAGCCUGAAACUCUACUGUAACUUUUUCGCCUCUCUGCCCGACUUCAUGGAGGGCUCGUUCACGGAGAGGAUCAGGGUGAUCAUAGAAAACGGGAACUCAGACCCCACGCCUUUGCUCAACGAAGUCAGCAGGUUGCGAAUGGAUGUUGAUCUCGAAAUGUCUUGUAACUUUCAGAGGCCAGGGACGUUUACAGAUGCAACGGUCAAUGCAAUUAAUGAAGUCUUUCAGACGUGUCAAGUGACGUCAUACACAGGGCAACUGGACAACAUUGCCACCGUCCCGACUUCUCUGCGGAACUUGCACGCGAGCAUUGGCGACCACAACGCCUUCAGACCUCUUAAGCAAGCGGUUCUCUCCGGAAAACACCAACUUCGCAAUCUGAGCCUAUCCAUCGAGUCCAUAGCAGCUGUGAGCAAACACCUCCUAGUCCCAAUUAACGUGGGAAUCCUUUCGUAUCCUUCGCUCUUCCUUCCCGACCUCGAGGUGGGCACCAGGAAGAAAGGAUGCGAGAUCGCCAAGAGCCUCGUGCCCACCGACUCCGGCGAGCUGGGAACCGUCUUCUUUCCGAGAUGCAGAGACGACCCAACAGAAUUAAUACUCCAGUUGAAGGAGUCAGGAGUCAGGGUCCACUUCUCCAUCGUCCUGCCGACCUCCUUGGCACCAACCUCACCUCAGGACAGAGUGACACUGGCCAACUUGUACAGGGAGGAAAUUGGAUCGGCGGAGGGAAUCUCUUGGGGAAGACCUGAUUGGAGCGAGGCUGGGAGCAUCUUUGACGUGGAUACUUGGUGAAAUGAUUUUGUCAUUCGUCACACGAUGGAACUUCGGCUUUUACACAAGACAAUCAUGCAAUUAUUAGUAUUAUGUUGGAAUAUCCAAAAGGAAUCCCACUGGCUGGCCUCGAAUGCUUUAAUGUACAAAUGGAUGAAAAAAAAGCAUACAGAAGAUAAUAAAUUACAUUAGCAGUUACAGAAUCUUACAAAAUAUUUUGCAUGAAAGACAGAAUUUUACAGUCACAGCAUUUUGAUCAUUUUUCCUUGUAUUAUAUGAUCCGUUAGAAUGUAGCUCCACUGUGAAUCUAGAGUAGCCUUAAGUUUCUGGUUGUUUGUAUGGUGUUUUUACGUUGCAUGGAACCAGUGGUUAUUCAACAACGGGACCAACGGCUUUACGUGACUUCCGAACCACGUCGAGAGUGAACUGCUAUCACCAGAAAUACACAUCUCUCACCUCUCAGUGGAAUGCCCGAGAAUCGACCUCGCGGCCAUCGAGGUGGCACGCCAACACCAUACCGACCACGCCACUGAGGCGCUUAGAGUAGCCCUGAGGAACACCUAGUAAGGGUGUUUGAAACAGCAGUUGGAGUAUAUUGAUGACUAAAUAUAACAGUACUGUAACACUUUUUGUUUAUCCAUCCCUGGAGGAUGGAAAAUGCACAGGGGUCAUUUGAAGACUUUCCAGUCAGUAGUUAAGGACACGUGUGCCUUGGAGCUUCAAGAAAAGGCAGACGACACUCAUAACAGAUCAUGGUUUCACUUUUUUUUUUUUUUUUUUAGUGGGCGUUGGUUAUUACCUCUAUUCACAUAACCAUAAAACUAGAACAGCCUAAUAAGCGUUUCUCGCGCGUUAUGUGUUUAACAAACUGCAUUGCAGAAAAAGAUAAAAAAGAAAAAGAAAAGGUUAUUUGAACAGGUUGUCCUAAAUAAAAAAGAAAAUCGCCACCUCUCUCCAAAUUGCUCCUUUAUUAAUUCUAUCAAUUCUGUCAUAUCCAUUGUUCAUGCUUUUAAUUAAACUUCUUCUUUGGUACCUGUAUUUCUGUCAUCUGUCUCAAUUUCUAGAGAGGGAGAGAGAGAGAGAGAGAGAGGUUC